CUUCCCGUCAUGCUGUGCUGCUCUCGCCACAAGGGGCCGCCGGCGGAUCUCUGGACAGCAACGGUCCCGUGUGGCGUGGAGCCGCUGCUUUCUGCCGAGGGAAAAACAACCUGUUUUCCCGGGACUGGAGCCGGUUUCGGGUCGUCCCGCCGCAGCGCCCCGUUUUUUUCUCUCGGCUCAUGCCUGGCAGCCUGGGACCCAGGCUGGGUGCCGCUUGACCCAGUCAGCGGUUUCCCGGAUCUCGGCGUCCCGCCCCGUCUUUCCAAAGCGAAGGAUGCCGGAGCGGAGGAGCAGUGGUAGAACUAAGCGCUGGAGCUCCAGGCAGCUCCACGCCCGGGCCUCCUCCGGAUGAGAGAGGAGACGGGCUGCGGCUCCGCGGCUGAUGAGCGCGUCUCUGACUGUGUGGAUACUAGUACACCAUCCAUGUCAUGCAACACAUCAUCAUCAUCAUGUCAUGUUCCGAUGGGGGAGCACCAAGCCAAGAUACAGCAGUGAAAUGCAAAACAGAGGCCCUGCCCCCACGGAGGAGGACCGUGGAGGACUUUAACCGGUUCUGCAGCGUCGUGCUCGCCUACGCCGGUUACGCGCCGAGCCGAGAGGAGGAGAGCACCUGGUCCCCAGCCUCCUCGAGCUCCUCGCGUGAUUCUGCUUCUUCUGGGGAGGCGGACAGCCCGUCAGACCUCCACGCCUUUGUGCACAAGGCGCGCUCCAACAAAAGCGGGAAGCUGCACCGGCUGCACGUGGACGACUCCCUGCUGGACGGUCUGCGUCUGAAGGACUUUUCCUAUGACGCUCGAAAGACUGAGCGCAAGAGGGACAAAAAGCUUAAGAAGUUUUCUCUGAGCACAAGAGAGAGCGAAGGUGGAGACAUGCCAGGGGAGAAGCGGGCGAGGAUUAAACGCAGCAAGAACCCCAAAGUGCCCAAAGACGUGAAGAAGCUCAAGUUGGGGUACGAGAGUGGCUCCGCGCGGCAGGCCGGGCAGGCUGUGGGCCGGAAGGCGGGAGAGCAGGACGUCCCGCAGGACGAGUCUCCCCAGGAAACUGAGAUGAGCUCCAGUGAAAGCGAGGCAUGGAUCACGGACGAGGACAUCAUGGUGGAAUCAGGUGAUGACUCAUGGGAUUUGAUCACCUGUUACUGUGGGAAACCCUUCGCCGGGAGACCAAUGAUCGAGUGCAAUCAGUGUGCAGUCUGGGUGCACCUCUCAUGCGCCAAGAUUAAGAAGUCCAACGUGCCCGACAUCUUCUACUGCCACAAGUGCAGGGACUCUCGCCAGGACCGGCGAUCUGGGCACAAGAAAGACACCUGAGUCCAGACGGAGGAGGGACUGUCCUGCCUAUCGCCCAUUUCCUUCUGUUUAUUAAGAGAAGCACUGUUCUGAGGAGCCUUUUUCUCCAUGACCGUCAGGACUCCUGUGCCUCUUAAUGCCUAGUUUUAUCAGUGGCAUUUCAGCCUUCUCCUUCCCAAGUCUGUUGUUGACUGAGGUGUAAUUCAAGGCUCUGAGACGCUCAGCUGUCGGACUAAAAAUUACAACAGAGGAGGGAAAAUUCAGGAAUUUUAACAUGUGUGAUGAUGGAAACAUAUUUCGGUAAACUGAGGUUUUCUGAAAAUGCUCUGACUUUGCACACUGUUUCCUUUUGUUAAAUUUGACAUGGAUGUUAGGAUGUGCCUUGUUUCAAUUUAAUUUUCAUCCAUUAGAUAGGCUGUCUGUCAAGCAAUGACACAGCAGUCACAUCAUCAGCCAAAAUAGUUGUAAUUUCAAGUUAAGCGCAUUUUGUGUGGGUCAAGAAACUGCUGCUGUGGGUUGCUGUACCUUUCUGUUGAAAGUUACUAAUUUUUGUGUCAUGCCAAGUGUCUUCUCCAGUUCAUGUUGCCCUUUCAGUCGCAAACUCGCUCCCUGUACGCGCAGAACUGCAGCCACUGAUGAGACUGCAGUUCUGACAGAGUACAGCUCUAAGGUUUGGUCCACAUGCUGACAUUAGGAAGGGUGUUCAUCAUCCUCAUUUCCCAGAAGCUGUCUACUGUACCCUGAGUUCCGGCACCUCGAAAAGAAAUCCAACACGAGGAAUGCAGAAGAAUCUGGGGAAUCUGGGAUGGAAAUUUGGUCCAAGCUGCUGGUUACUUGAGUACCCAAUACGCUGGGACUCCAAACUCCAGUUGGAGCACAUUAACCCAUGGGUUACUUGAGUUCAAAGGCCCCCGACCCAGUAGCUAUUUGAGGAUCACGUGCCAGCCCAUUGGUUAUUCGAUGUGGAGAGCGCUGACCCGUUGCUUCCUGGAGCUGGGAGCCUCAGCACAUUGGUUACUUAAACCAAUUAGACUCAAUCCAUUGGUUACUCAAAUUAUUGAGUCCAUCCCAGCUCAUUAGGUGCUUGAGUUGGAGAGCGUUGAGCCAUUGCUUAGUGGAGUUUGGAGCUCCAGUUUAUUGGGUAUUUGGAGUUAAUUUGGUAGCUGGAGUAUGCUACAGUUCAAGAAGCCGUGUCAGAGAAAGUUACUUUUUUACGCCUUUCCUGUAGCGGAAAGGUUCUGAUUCUGAGCAGUGUGUUUUUACCUGGACUGGUGCGUGGGAACGAUGGAGGAACCAUGUACUGGCUUCUGUUCAUCACUGACUCAUUUUAAAGGCCCAUUCUGUGAAACGGUUGACACUUUUUUCCAGAACGGUAGAAGGAACUUUUUUGUUUGAUAUUGUGUCUCUGUGUUGAACAGAGUUGACCUUUUCUGUUUAUUACUUUUCUUGGCAGGAUCAGAUUGUCUCCAUAGUGAAUUACCAUCUUUUUUACCCCUCUCGUGUUGUCUAUGUAUACCCACAAACCCUGCCUCUAAAUUUUAACUGUAUAUAUGACAAAGAACAAGAAAUUAAGAA